AUGUUUGCUGAACUGAAAUAUAUUCUAGAAAAGUGGCGUAAAGGCGAAUUUGACAUAGGCCGAAUUGAUAUAAAGCAGGAAGUAAAAGAGAAAUACAAAAGAGAAAUCUCGACAGAGGUGCCAGUGGGUGAAAUUGUGAAAAUGGUACCUCCGACAGACACAAUGGAAGAUGUCAACAUUGAUACUAUCAGAAGCUGUGAGCAUGGAGGAAUUGUCCAGAAGAUGGAAAAACAGUUUGAAUUUACCACUUAUAAAUUCUCGAACACAAUUCAGGCAAAACCCAACUCUGCAUGUCCACAUUUGUCACUGACGCAUGUUGAAGUGGUUCGUCCAAAGUAUAACUUCGAAAACAUUCCAGUUCAGUGGAUUGUUCCCAAGUGCACACGGAUGGCCGUUUAUUCCACUUUGGCUGCCAUCAAACUGGUGGGGAUUUGGAGAACAAAAUGUGACAGCUUCCUGCAAUCCCAGGGAGAUGCAUUAAAAACAGUAUCAGGUGAAAUUCAUAAGGAAGUCCAGUCAGCUGUAUCAACACGGAAGAGGAAUCUGCCCUCAUGGUUGGCCAAGAACGAAGUGACCAAAGAUGGAGGGAAACAAAUAGGAAAGGAUACUUUACAUUCCCAUGGAGUCAGCCAGAAUACACACUCAUCUGCUGCUAAGAGGAAGAGAGCUGGUAACAGUGUGAACAAGGAUUCUAUAGCAGUAUUGCAGGCGAGUACAAACACCACUGUCAGGGACCGUCUGUCCACGAGUCCAGCUGUGACGGCACUUCCAGCUGUCCAGAAUGAUGAUGUGGCUUCAAACAGUAAAUUAAAUAAGCAAAAAAACAGCACUACACCUACUAAAAAUAAACAGGACUUGAGUACAAAGAAGGCAAUAGCUUCACCCAUAAAAGUUUCCUCUCCAAAAAAUCGACUAGGUAAAGUUCACAAUAUGAGUGAAGAAGACAGUGAUGGAGAGGCUACCAAUGAAGAAAACCAGACUAGAGAUCAGAGUACCUGUAAUACUAAGAGGCACGAUUACGCUAAGCAAGAAUCACCACCUGAUCGUCGCCAUUCACCGAGCAAGCAUCGUAAUAUAAGCGAGAGCGAAGAUGACGAUGAACUUAAUGGGACAAUAAAUGACACAAAUAAUGUAAGCAGUAAUGCUCCAGUUUCAUCUACAGCUACAGGAACAAGUCCAGCUGUUACCCAAAAGAAAGUACCUCGGAAAACCUGCCAGUAUGGUAGAAAUUGUUAUAGGAAAAAUCCACAACAUCGAGAAGAUUUUGCUCAUGAUGGAGAUUCAGACUUCAAUGAUAAUCCCUCCAAUAAUGAGGAUUCCGAUGAUGACCGACCCGAGUGUGAAUAUGGUGUAAAAUGUUAUAGAAAAAAUACUGAUCAUCGUAGAAACUUCAAACACAGUCGAAUGCCCCAGCCACAACGGAAAGCAAAGCGGAAAGCUCGUCGACAAAAGCAGGACGAAGAGAGUGCAUCAGAUGAUUAUGAUUAUGAUGAUCCAUUCUUGAAUGACGAUAGUUCUGAUGAAUAUGCACCAACAGAGUCUGAUACAGAGUGAUAGCUCCGAUGAAUACCCAUCAACAGUCUGAUACAGAAUAAAGCAGAGGCAAGAGACACUAAGUCAAUAAAGAUGCAAAAAACAUUACUGAUGAAUAAGACACUUGUACAGUCCUUGGUUAUUUUCAUUUUCAAAAUAUUUCGUCUGCAGGGCAGGUUUCUUCAUUCAGAUAUAUUAGACUGUGGUAAAAAUGGUGUGUGAUAUUGACAGAAUGUUGGAUAAAACACAAAAUGGAAACACUAGGACUGUGUACUAGAAAUGUUUCAGUCCUCUAUAUUUGGAGUGACCAAGGUCCCAGGACUAAAGUGUUUCCAGGAAACUGUUCUAGUGUUUACAUUUUUGUCCAACAUAAUAUAACACUUUAGUCAGUAGAUGUUGAGAAAUAAUUUUGAGGUGAUUAGUCCCUUAGCCUCAAUAUAAGGCUGAUACUUAAUCCUUGUACAUGUCUUAUUCAUCAGGUUGAUGGUACAGUUUACAGGCAUACCUCAUUAAUACAGCGGGUAAGGUUCCAGACCACUGCCAUAAAACGAAUAUUGCCUUAAAAGUAACCCAGUCUGAAAAUCAAUUUAAGACUCUUCUCAAAAGCCACUUAAUCACCCUAGACUAAAUGCUAAAUAUACUCAGUACACACUUACUCACCUAAGUACUCCCACAUCAUAAAUGAAGUAAUCACUUUGAAUCUUUUAUCCAUUGUUGACAGGAAUAUAAUUGAAUCAUUGUUUUCACAAAAAGCAUUUUCAAAUAUAAAUAUAUCUUUGUAUUAUACAAAUUUUGACUCAUUUAUAAUUAAUAUUCUACUGUACAACUAUGAAAUAAUUACUAUCCUACUGUACAACUAUGAUAUACUCCUUAGUGUUAAGUAGACUGUCAGCCAGUAAUGUUAAGUUGGCCCAUAAUGCCUAGGCAUAAUAGAGGCUCUCUUUGUAUUGCAACUCACUAUUGUAAAUAUAAAAUCUCAAUGUACUGUUUGCAAAGACAUAAAAUAAAUAAAAAUAAAAUAAAAAUAAAAGUGAAUCACAGCCUUUUUUUUUUCUUCACUUACUAGUGCAUAUUAAAAUCCUUAAAAUAUGUUUACACUAUCAUUUAUUUAAUAUGCAAUAACACUAGUCUUAAAAAAUUGAUGCAAAAGUAAAAAUAUUUUUUUUAUUGACAAAAAUCUAUCUUAUGAGAAAAUGCAAGCACCAAAAAUACUAAACAUAAAUAUAAUUGAAAGUGCCGUAUUAGCGAAGGGCUCUAAAGUUAGAGCCAUAUUAACAAGGUAUGCCUUUUCAUUUUUAUUAUUAAUUAUAUGUUUUAAUGCUAAUGAAGUGUAAAUAACUGACUCAACGAAAUCGUAAUGACACGAUUGCAAACAAACCAUACCACGGGCGGGGAUAGAACCCGC